AUGUCUGCUCUGCAUGGUGCCCCCGGCGUGUUCGAGCUGCAGCGCAGCAGCUCAUUCCAAGAAGCCAAGACGCUGAAACACCAAUAUGCGGAGGAAGAAGAUACUCCCCGGUCUCGGGGGGAAACCCCCCAGAGCGACUACGAGGAGGAAGAGGUGGACGAAUCGGUUCGAGAGGACAUGGCAAAGCUCGAGGACACAUUCCCUGGGAUUUCCGAUCGGUUUCGUCUGGUGAAUAGGAUUGGUGAAGGUACUUUUUCCACCGUCUACAAGGCGGAGGAUCUCCACUACGAUGAAUACAAGAACGACUGGGAUAUCUUCUCACGGGCGCAGCAAGACAAUUACGCCAGUCCCCCUUCGAAACGAAGGCGAGUCGAGGGCGCGCCGGCGGAACGGAAAAAGCCUCGGUUCGUCGCAUUGAAGAAGAUCUAUGUCACAAGUAGUCCGUUGCGGAUUCAGAACGAGCUAGAACUUUUGCACGAUCUUCGAGGAUGCGGCUCUGUCUGCCCGCUCAUCACGGCCUUCCGAUACCAAGAUCAAGUCGUGGCCGUCCUACCUUAUUUCCCACAUACCGAUUUUCGCAUUCAGUACCGCACAUUCAUGGUUGCAGACAUGCGCCAUUAUCUACGAUCUCUGAUGACCGCAUUGAACUCUGUGCAUGAGCAUGAGAUUCUCCAUCGCGAUAUCAAGCCAACUAACUUCCUCUACAACCCAGAUUUGAAAGAAGGCGUCCUGGUGGACUUUGGACUCGCUGAACGCCAAGGUUCGGAAUACAGCAGCCCAUGUCUUUGUACACACCAGAGCUAUGUUCGCCGGAGUCGGAUCCUCUCCAGCUAUCUUUCCAAAAACCCCCCAGCCUCGGGGAUCUCAGCCGGUUACCCAAAGAACGACUCACGACCCUCAAGGCGAGCGAAUCGUGCAGGAACCAGAGGCUUCAGAGCCCCAGAAGUACUCCUAAAAUGCACCUCACAAACCACAAAAAUCGACAUGUGGUCAGUAGGCGUCAUCCUACUGACCUUGCUUGGGCGUCGUUUCCCCUUUUUCAACUCCGCAGACGACAUUGAUGCCAUGAUUGAAAUGUCAAGCAUCUUCGGUACACGGCGCAUGAAGGCUGCCGCAGCCAUGCAUGGUCAGAUCUUCGAAACAAACAUCCCAACCAUUGGAGAAAAAGGCUACAGCUGGGAGAAACUAGUGAAAUGGUCCAGCUGUGUGGAAGAUUUAACCGAGAGCGAGCAGCAAGCAACACGUCUUUUGGCUGGACUCAUGGAAUUGGACCCGUCGAAACGGCUUAGUGCCGCGGAUGCCCUGCAGCAUGAAUUCUUCACAGAUCCCGUUCACCACGAUGUUGAAUGGGGUGGUAAUCCGGAAGAAAGCGCCGACUCAGGAGAGGAAGAUGAGGAAGAUGAGGCAGACGAAGUUGCCAUGCUAUGA